GCUCCGAAGAUGACCGGCAGCGACUACGCCAAGCUGGCACCUGUCGGAGCUGCUUUCGCCGCGGGCCAGGUGGCCACUGUGGCCUCGCUGGGAGCCGUGGCGGUGUCCUUCACCCACGUGGUGAAGGCCCUGGAGCCGGCCGUGAACGCCAUCGCGUCGGCCCUGGUCCUCGGCCAGGUGUUCCACCCCAUGGUCUACGCAUC